GGAGUUCGUCGUGGGUGAACCAAUAAGCUCCGGAGAGCGCUUAGCAAUGACUCUUCGGUAUCUGAUCUCAGGAAGUUCGAUCAUGGACAUCGCCAAAGAGUUCAGGGUUGGUCUGGAAACAGCCCGAGAAGCGGUACACCUCACAUGCGAGGUUCUGUGGCAAGACUUAUCCCCACAUUAUAUGAAGCCACCAACAGAGAAAGACUGGAAAGCCAUCGCAGACGGAUUUUGGAAACGCUGGCAGUUUCCGAACUGCCUGGGGGCAGUAGAUGGAAAGCACAUUCAGAUAGAUGCGCCACCUAAAACCGGUAGCCUCUACUACAAUUACAACGGUACAUUUUCCAUAGUGCUGAUGGCAGUUGCUGACAGCAGCUAUUUAUUUCACCUCAUCGAUAUUGGUGCCCCAGGACGCAUGAGUGAUGGCGGUGUGUUCAAGAGGUCCCCCAUUGGUCAGCGCCUACAUUCUGGUCUUCUUGGAUUGCCAUCUUCUCAGCAGUUACCAGGCUUUGUAGGACAUUUGUAGGA